AUGGCUGCUCAAAACGUUAUUAUCGAGUCUUGUGAUAAAACCACCUUCACUGUAAGUGAAAAUUGUGCUAACCAAUCUGUCCUUGUCCAAAGUCUCAUGCAAGAAAGAUCAUCAGCAGAUGAGCCAAUUCCAAUUACUAAUGUCUCUAAAGAAAUUAUGGAAUUAAUUAUUAGAUGGAUGAAAUACCAUAGUGAACAUCCACAUAUGUAUAAUGAAAAACCAGAAGAUAGAUCUAAAUAUGCACCACUUCAACCAUGGGAUGUUCAAUUCUGUGAUGAAUUAGAAAGAGAUGUUCUUUUUCAAGUUUUUCGUGGUGCUAUUUUUAUGCAGAUUCCAAUGCUCAUUGAGUCAUGUGCUCGUUCCAUUUCAAAACAUUUAAUUGGAAAAACAGCAGAUGAAAUGAGAGAAUAUUUGAAUGAACCAAAUGAAUAUACUCCAGAAGAGCUUGAAGAACUUAAAAAGAAAUUUGCUCAUUAA